UGACAAUAAAGGAAAUACGCAAAUUCGUAACACCAUCUCCCGUCCGCCGGAAUUGUCAUUUCUGGAUCUAUGUGUAUAAAAACCGUUCAUUUGUCAUUGACGUUAUGAUCCUGCUGACUAGCUGAAUUGUUCACCUUAGAUUAAUAUCUACAACCCUUUAGAUCCAAUAUGAAGUUAGCAGUUAUCCUGGCUAUUGGUCUUGCAGUACUUCUUAUAGUCCAAGACGCAGAUGCAAGUUGUGCUUCCAGAUGUAAAUCCCGUUGUAGAGCAAGACGCUGUAGAUAUUAUGUGUCAGUCAGAUAUGGAUGGUUCUGCUACUGCAGAUGUCUCCGUUGUGCCAGUGAGCAUACCAUGAAAUUCUCCUCUGAAAAUGAAGGACAAUCUGAAAUGUCAGCACAGAUGAAUGACCAUGAGAACACUGACCAAUUCCAGGACAUGCAGAAAGGUGAAACCGAACAAGGUGAAACUGGGAUGUAAAGAGAAGAAUUUAUAAUGGGACUUUGAUAGACAUUCUGUUUUAGAGUAAUAUUCUGAUUCGACAUUUGUUAAUAUUCUUUUUUCUUUGGUUUCACUUGUAUAAGAUGUCUUUGAUUUCUGUCAUUGUUAUUUAAUACAAUAAAUUUUAAAUAAAAUUGUGUUUCAACUCA